AUGGCACAAGCAUCGCACGCAAAGGGCGAUGCUGAAGUACCUGACCAGGACGAUGAAGCCGCAGAAGUCGUCGUCGAGGAGGAGGAGGAGGAGGAGGAGGAAGAAGAAGAUGAAGAAGAAGAAGAACUGCCGUCGGUCCGCAUUUCCUUUGCAGAACAAGACUUUGUGCUCUUCUCCACGGCCCCCUCGCCCGUGUACUACGCCCCACCAACCGCCACUGUCGCCUCAGACGCAAAAGGUGAUCAGACGACGAGCACGGAUGGGAGCGCGGCUGGCUCGCUCGUUGCUGUUCAGGCACCGCAACUGAGCGUGCCGGAACAUGGCUUUCGAGAAGGCUUGGACUCGCUGUGCGAUCAUCUGAGAGUCAAGCAUGCGCUGGGAGAUUUCUUGGAGGAGGGAACGGAAUUGAUCAUGUCUUUGCCGGAUCUGCAAUUGUCCGUGCGCGAGGACGACCUGUACGCCCGAGAAGUGACGCUUGCAGAUUUGCACCGCAUCCAUGUAGGCCUUGGUCAUGCCGGCUCACUGCACUUGUCCAUCACCGAAGCUCCGAGAUUUAUAAGCAGGUACAAUGCGCUCUCUGAGCAGGUAGCUAGAUUGGAAGAAGAGGAGAUGCAGCGCCAGGAGCUGCAGGAACAACAUGAUGUGGAAGAGGCCCAAGAGGUGCUCGAGCAGGGUGUGCAGCAUGAGGAGGAGCAGCUUGAAGCAGAGGAAGAGCCCGACGAACUUGGGGGAGCAGCCGAUGGGGAAGCGCAGCAAGUCGCAGAGACCACCUAUACAAAUGCCGAAGAAUCUGCAGAGCAGACGUCGGAAUCGCGAGACGAGGAUAGAAAUGCUCCGCAGGCGAUUGAAGCUGGAGAUGAGACGCGAUUUGAAGAAGGGGAGGAGUUUGAUCAGACUUUUGCUACGGCCGAUGCGGGCGAGGACACGUACGGAGAGUAUGCAGAGGAGGAAGCGGAUGAGUUGGACGAGGCCACUGCUGCACACAACGGAGCGCUGCAUCAAGAAGAUGAAGCUGGAGGAGGAUCAUCUAAUCAGCACGUAGAGUAUGAUGAGGAGGGUGAGGAGGUAGGCGGACAAUAUGAGGAGCAUGAUGGAGAGGGAGAUGAUACAUUUGAAGCGGACGACAAGGUGCAACGUGUCGAAGAUGGGCCUCAGGCUCAUGCAGAUCAAGUCGAAGACGAGCUUCUCGAAUACGAAGAGGAGCCGUACGAGCCUGAGAACCUCCUGGACAGCGAAGAGGUGAAAAUAUCGCAAUUCGCAGAGCAUGGUGGGGCGGAUGCGGACGCGAAAGUCGCUUCCGUCGCUCCUCUGAGCGGCAAGAGACCUUUGGAGGAGCAGCACGAUGUGCACGAAUCCGCCGAGGUGUCGAAUGAGCUUAAACGACACAAGGCGGAGUGA